UGCCAUAGCGACCCCGGCCAGGCCCGGGACGCCGGAGCGCGCGCUGCUCCGGCAAGUGAGGCUGGAGGCUGCGACCCCACAGCUCCCGCCCCCGGGACUCCGGAUCCCGGCUCCGCCCCGCGGGAUUGCGCAGCACCCUUUGGCCCCACAGAAGCAACCAACAUGCCUAUCUCCAAGUGCCUGCUGAAGUCGGAGCCCCUGUGGAAGGAGUGGGACCAGAAAGCCCAGAAGAACGGACUGAGGCACCAGGUAUAUGCUGUCAAUGGCGACUGCUAUGUGGGCGAGUGGAAGGACAACAUGAAACACGGGAAAGGCACACAGAUCUGGAAGAAGAAAGGAGGCAUCUAUGAGGGGGACUGGAAGUUUGGGAAGCGAGAUGGCUAUGGCACCUUCAGCCUUCCUGACCAAGAGACCGGAAAGCACAGGAGAGUCUACUUGGGCUGGUGGAAAGGCGAUAAGAAAUCAGGCUAUGGGAUCCAGUUUUUCGGACCCAAGGAGUAUUACGAGGGUGAGUGGUGCGGCAACCAGCGCAGCGGGUGGGGCCGCAUGUACUACAGCAACGGCGACAUCUACGAGGGCCAAUGGUGCAAAGACAAGCCCGACGGAGAGGGCAUGCUGCGCCUGAAGAACGGGAACCGCUAUGAGGGCUCCUGGCAGAGAGGCAUGAAGAACGGGUUUGGACGUUUCUUCCACCUGAACCACGGGCAGCUCUUUGAGGGCUUCUGGGUGGACGACGUGGCCAAGUGUGGCACGAUGAUUGACUUUGGCCGUGAUGAGGCCCCUGAGCCCACUCAGUUCCCCAUUCCUAAGGUUAAACUUCUAGACCCCGACGGUGUGCUGCAGGAAGCCUUGGCCAGGUUAAAGAAGACAGAGGAGGAAGAAGGAGACUGAUGCCAGGAUCAUUUGGUGAUGUCUGGAGACAUCUUUGGUUGUCACAACUGGCAGGGAAGAAUGCUACUGGCACCUCAUGGGUAGAGGGUGAGGAUCCCAUUAAACGUGCUACAAUGUAGACACUCUACAGGAGAAUUAUUCAGCCCAGCGUCAAUAGUGUGACCUGAAAUACUGUGAUGUUCGGAAAGUGCUCACCAAGUGCUUGGCACGUUGUAAAAGCCUCAGUAAACGCUCCCAGACACUAUCGAGGUUCUCUCUGCCCUCUAAGUCAUAAGCGAGGUGGCCUGACCCAGGGCCUGGUUCUGUCUGUACCUCUGAUACCAAAAAGCUGAGCCUGGCCACCUUGGGACACAGAAUUAACCAGAUACAGUGCUCACUUGGUGCCAGGCCCUGUGCUGACAGCUUUACGUGUGUCCUCUCCCAUGCCUCCCUAUCAACGUAUGAGGUGUCCUACUAUUAUUAGUGCCACUUUAGAGGAGAAAACCGAGGUUCAGGGAAGUUCACAAGUCACCAAGCUAGAAAGUGACGGUACUUAAAAUCAGGUGUGUAGAGAAGGCUACCAUUUCUCAGAGAAAGUAGGGGGUGUGUGCGCUUGUUUAUGUAUAAAAUCUCUCUAGAUGGGAACACAAUAAACUGGCAACAAUGGUUGUCUCUGGGGAGAACUGGGACCCUGGGAACGAGAGCGAGAACAACUUUUCACUGUUGUAUCUGGAACCGUAUGAAUGUAUUGUCUAUUCAAAAUAUAAAUGAAACUGAAAUUAGAGAGAGA